AUGAGCCGCAUCGCCCGAUCCCUGCCCUCGGUCGCCGGCCUGCGAGCACGACCGACAUGCCGUGUUGCGUCGGCUGUGUUGACGCGUUCUCUGCAGACAACGGUCAGUAGUCGUUCCUCUACGCGCCCUCCCCCAUUCCCCUCCGCCUGGCACUCGGUCGAGUUCGUCGAUCGGGUUGCCCCAAGCGCCGCGCGAGACGACGACCCGCGACCCCGUCUUCGCACGGGCGCGGGAACGACGGCAUCGUGCUGCCCCAGUGGCGCAUGUGAGCCACCAGUCAGGAUCCAACACUGACCCAUACGAUGGCCCGUCCCUCAAACAGAGCGAUUCGUCGUCCAAGAUCGAGUCGAACGGCGACACGGUCAAGGUCGCGCUGCACGAGGACUACUUCAAAGCGCACCUGUGCGACAUCCCCGCGCUCGAGAUGCACGUCAACAAGACCGAGCUCGUCGACAUGUACCGCAACAUGGUCCUCAUGCGAAGGAUGGAGAUGGCCGCCGAUCAGCUGUACAAGGCGGUCAGUACAUGUGUUCCGUCUUGCGUGGCUCAGCGCGCUCGGGGUGUCUCGGUGUCGGUGUCGGGUUCGGGCCGCGCGCGCCAACUCACCACCACCGCGAGCCGCAGCGCCCGGUAGCGGUCGACUGAUCGUGCUUGAUCUCGUCCAACAGAAGCUCAUUCGUGGUUUCUGCCAUCUUGCCAUCGGUCAAGUAAGCCCUCUCUUCCCAUCCGUGCACUCCGGACUAUGUGGAUGUAGUCCGAUGCAGCUGCAGCUCCGCUCCGACCACCCUCGCGACCGAGCUAGGCCUCCCCCCACCCGUGAUCAUCUGCUCAUCCCACGCAUCGCUUCCCCGCUAACAGGAAGCCGUCUCGGUCGGAAUGCACCAUGCCAUCAAGAAGGACGACAAGAUCAUCACCGCGUACCGAUGCCACCCCUUUGCCGUAUUGCGAGGCGGAACGGUCAAGGGUGUUUUGGCCGAGCUCUUGGGCAAGUUCACUCUCAGCUCUGUCUCCGAGCUCAUCUUCUUGAGCUCAUCCUUUCGCUCCUUUGAGCAUUAUAGGUCGACGUGACGGAAUGUCGCACGGCAAGGGCGGAUCCAUGUGCGUGCAGGGUCAGGGAUUUAUCUCCGCAACACCCGACUGACACGACCGACUUCUUUGACAGGCACAUCUUUACUCCUACGUACGCCUCAGUCUCGGUCCUGCGCCAGCAAGCUUGGGACUACAGACUGACGCUUGAACCAUUCAACACUAUACAGCUUUUUCGGUGGUAACGGCAUUGUUGGAGCCCAGGUCCCGCUCGGUGCCGGAAUCGCUUUUGCUCAACAGUAUCUCGGCCAGGACAAGGACCACGCCACUUUCGCCAUGUACGGUGAUGGCGCUUCCAACCAGGGCCAAGUCUUUGAGGCUUACAACAUGGCCAAGCGUCAGUCCUCUGCCUUGGUCGCGUUGGAUCUCUCUCCUGCGAAAGUGCCCGCUGAUCACGUUUCCUCUACAUGAUUCGGCGCAUCACAGUGUGGAACCUUCCCUGCGUCUUCGUUUGCGAGAACAACCUCUACGGUAUGGGCACCUCGGCGGCCCGCUCUUCAUCCAACACCAAGUACUACAAGCGUGGUGACUUGAUCGCUGGUCUCCAGGUCAGUUCUUGGGAAUGGACAAAUCCCUGCUCAGCUGCGAACUCGGAGCUCAACGAGCGUGCGCCAUUUCCCUUCCCUAUUCCAGGUUAACGGUAUGGACGUGCUCGCCGUCAAGCAAGCGGUCUCAUUCGCCAAGGAGUGGACUCAAGCGGGCAAGGGUCCCUUGUUGCUCGAGAUGGUCACUUACCGCUACGGUGGUCACUCUAUGUCCGACCCCGGAACGACCUACCGCACGCGAGAGGAGAUCCAACACAUGCGAUCGUCGAACGAUCCGAUCACCGGUCUCAAGAACAACAUCCUCGAAUGGGGCGUCGUGGAGGAGAGCGAGUUGAAGAAGAUCGAUAAAGACGCGAGGAAGGAGGUCGAAGUUGCCGUUGAGGAGGCGAAGAAGAGCCCUGAACCGAGUCAGGAUCAGGAGUUGUGGACCGAUAGUGAGUCAUGGUUUGAUCCUGGAGCGGUCAUUUUCAAAUUGGAAUCGUUUAGCUGAUGUUGAGGAUGGAUGUACCGCCUCGCAGUCUACUACAAGGGCACGAACCCGAUGUACAUGAGGGGACGAGAGAGGGAGGAGAUCCACCACUUUGACAAGAACGACUCGAACUUGUACCCGGAUGGACCCAAGCAAUUCGGUUCCGCAUAG